AUGUUUAUUGUCAAUCGAGAAUGACAACCGCUCGAUUUCGUUCUUCUCUUUCAUUGAAUCAAAUGACCCGCAUUUUAUUAACUUUUUAAUCAUCCUCGACUUAUCUACCGUCGGUAAUGUCGUUUAAAAACAUCUCCCGUACCGUAUUUAUAUGACUUGAAUCUAACGCCAAAUAAUCAACGGCAUACAUAUAUGACAUACACACACACACACAUAUGUACAUAUGUAUAUAUGUGUACAAUACGACAAAUCUUUCAUCCGUCAUGUCAACUACAAACGUUGUUAUUGACUCGACAAAAUUUAUGGCUUUCUAAUAAAAUCAACAAUCAAAUUUUCCAUCGAAUCUUUCGAAUUGAUCAAACCAUUAUGGCGACAUUACAUAAAACUGACCGAAAUGGAUCUAUUACGGAAUCGUUCCAAUGCAAAUGUACUAAGUCCGAAACGAAAAUGGAUAGACAAUCGAAACCGUAUCUCGAAAAAAUCGCUGCAAGUAUAGAAGAACGUCAUUGCGAUUUAACGGGACGUCACAGAUAUCUCCGAGAAAAAAUCACGACGAUGGAGAGAUCAAUACCGGCCCUUAUGGCGUACAACAUGUGGAAAUCUGGGAAGACCUGCGACGAUGCUCCAUUUUGCAAAAUUCGCGAAAUCAUGAAGAAGCUGUCGCCCGAUUUAGACCCUACCGAAAAGCUACUUCGUAAUUUGAAGAGCACUGUCAAGGAUCUCAAUACGGAGACGACGGAGUUGCACGAUAAAAUUAUCGAUGCCGAUGUUAAAUUGGAAGAAGCGGAUAUAGAGUUGGAAUCCCUCGAAUUGGCGAAUAAGGAAAUGAACGAUCAAGCUGACAAAAUUGAAAAAGAAAUUCGUAAUUAUGAAGGUGCGAGUUUACAUUCGAUUCAUUCAGACGAUGUCGUUUGUUUGACCAAGAUACAUCAACUAGCUAAGGACGAAUUAGAAUUGAAAAAUUGCAUAACGCAAUUGGAAGAAAAAGAAAUCCUGUACGUGGAACAAUUGGAUCGUUUGCUUGCUUCCAGAGAAUUUCAAACUAUUUCCGGUAAUAACAAAAUGCUUAAACGCAUUCAAGAUCUGGAAAAUAAUGAGAAGAAGAUGUAUUGCGCGUUACAAUUUUAUAAGAACAAUGUACAACAAUUAAAGAAGGAACUCGUGCGAAAAAAGAGCGAUAAUAAUAUAGAUACGACAAAGGGUGUUACAAAUCCAAAACAAGUACGAGAUAAAGCACAGAAGAUUGAAGAAAAGGAAAUAGAUCCUUCAAAGACAUCGAAAAAUCGAAACGAGAUUUCGAAUGAAGAAACUGAUCAACUGAAAAAAGAAUCAAAAUUAUGUAUUUGUUUGAAAAAGUUCAAUCACAAAAUCGGUCCGACGAGUCUAAAAUUGACAAAGUCUUCAACGAAAAUGUGUCCUAACGUACGUUCAUUAAAAUCUAAUUAUGCUCGGAAAAAUCCUUGCUCGGUUAAUCUUCCUUGUGACCUUCCUCCCUGUGCUGUAUUAUCAAGUACGUUUCUAUUUCCUAGUUUAUAUAUAAAUAUAUAAGAAAAAA